AUGAUAAGGACAUUAAUUACAACCACAAUUAUACCAAUUAUUGCUUACAUAAUAAACAAUACCCCAAGUUAUAUAUGGGCUAUAAUUGAUUUUAUAAUGGAUAUUUGUUUUUUUUGGGUCAAACAAUUAUAUCAAAUUUAUAAUCGGAAAGACCCUCUCAAGGAAUAUGUUAAACAAUUGAAAAUUGCACCUAAUUAUAAUGAUUGGAAAGAAGUUGCUUAUGAAGUUGAUAAAUUGACCAAUAUGGAUCUUUGGCGACAAAAUUUCAUAUCUAAACAUUAUGAUUAUGUAUUAAUUGAUGAAAGAUUGAAAUUAUUACGUGAAGCAAGAUUAAAUCAAAAUUCUCAAGUCAUGAUGUCAUUAUUACGAAGUGGAUUAAUAAGAAAUUUUGCUGGAGUGGCUCAAAAAAGAUUAUAUUUGAAAUCUUAUAUGGGGACGAAAUUUAAAAUUGAAGAAUAUAUUAAUGAAGUAUUAAAUUGUUUGGAUUAUUUAAAUGAAGCAUUAAAUAAUGAUAAUAAUGAUGAAUAUAUCAUGAAUAGUAAACAAUUAAAAUUGGAUUUUUUCCAUGAUGCAAGACAAUCAUUUGGUUGUAGUGCAUUAUUAUUACAAGGUGGAUCAUUAUUUGGAUUAUGUCAUUUAGGGGUUGUUAAAGCAUUAUAUUUUAAAGGUUUAAUGCCAAGAAUCAUUGGUGGAAGUGCUGUUGGGGCAGCCGUGGCAUCUUUAGUAUGUACAUUAACUGAUGAAGAAUUAAUCCCUAUUUUAGUUAAUAUUGGUGAUUUAAUGAAAAAUAUCGAUUUAUUAAAUCAUGAAAUUGAUGAAAGAUAUGGUAAUGUUAUUGAAAAUGUUGUUAAAAAAGGUUAUUCUCAAGAAAUUUUAUUAUUUCUAAAGUUUGUUCGUGAUACCAUUGGUGAUUUAACUUUUGAAGAAGCUUAUAUGAAAACGGAAAAAAUUUUAAAUAUAGUGGUUCAUCCAACUAAUCAAUGUGUUCCUUCAUUACUUAAUUAUAUAACGGCUCCUAAUGUAAUUAUAUGGACAGCUAUUUAUGCAUCUAUUGGUACUGGAGUAUUAUCGGAUGAUGUGGCAUUAUAUGUUAAAGAUUUUAAUAAUGAAAUUGUUUUACAAACUCCUGAUGUUGAUGUGAAAUUUUUAAAACCUCAAGAUGUAACUUAUCAUCAACAAUAUUUUAAAUUUAAACCUCAUGAUAGUUUUGGUGGGGGAGUCGGAGGUGGUGGUGGAACCAACAGUGGUGGAACCAACAGUGGUGGAAGCGAUACUACUGGAAUUGGUAGUGGUGGUGCUACUGGAAUUGGCAAUGAUAUAACAGGUGAUGGGGAAAAACCUACCUCUACUACUACUACAACUAACAUUGUUUUACAACAACAAUCACCAUAUACAAAAUUAACUGAGCUUUUCAAUGUUAAUCAUUUUGUUAUCAGUUUAGCAAGACCAUAUUUGGCUCCAUUAAUAAGUAAUGAUUUACAACAUUAUCAUGCAUAUGGUAAAAUCAGAUACGAUAAAACAUCUUCUACUACUACUCCAACUACUAGCACUACUACAAUUGAAGAUAAGAAUAAUACUAAUACUAAUACUAAUACUAAUGGUAGUGGCAGUAACAAACGGAAAAGAACAUCUUCUGGGGGUGGAGUAGAAGUUUCCAAAAAGAAAGAUAUUGAAAAAUAUGCUCAAGAUACCACUAGUUAUAAUUUAAUGAAAAAAAUUAAAACAAUAAUUGGCAUGGAAAUUCAACAUCGAUUAAUGGUAAUGAAUAAAUUAGGAUUAUUAACUGAUGUAAUGAAACGAUUUUUCAUUGAUGAAAAACCUCCAACAUUACAAUCAUUAGCAUCAAUUCGAGAAGUUACCAUAGUGCCAGAAUUACGAUAUUUAAUGAAAGAUUUUGGUCGAGUAUUUGAUGUUCAUAAAACCAUGGAAAAUAUACCUUAUUGGGUAUUAGUUGGUGAAAGAUCAGUAUGGCCAUUAUUCCCAUUAUUAUGGUCAAGAUGUGCUAUUGAAUUUGCAUUGGAUGAUUUAUAUAAUUUACAUAGAAAACGAGGUGGUUAA